AAGUGUACUCAGCCCUCCUGAGACCUCUGACAUAAAGAGUUAACCAUUUGUGAGUUAGCUACAACAAUACUCAGGGAAAAAAGAAAAGAAAAGAAAAAAAAGCACUGUUCCAGAAACCAGUGAUUCCCAGACUUUCAGCAGUUAGCGAGCAGAGCUAUUUUGGGCCCUCUCCCUCAUGAGCUGAUACACUGGCUGUGCUCUGAUCCCUUUGUCCAUCAGAGAGACAGAACAUUUUCAGCCUAAUGCAACUGGACCCUCGCUAAUGACAGCAAAUAGCCCUGUCGGCUAGAUGACAGCAGCUGAGAACAAUACUUAAUGUUGACAUCACUUGCUAUGGGGAUCUAUUUCAGUUUUCUUCCUUUUAUAGUGUGCUGUUGGAAAUUGCUAUCUGGUUCCCUUGACAAAGCACAUAUAAAAGCUUUGGAAGGAGAGACGGCCCUGUGUGCUUGGGAAUCCCUUCCGAUCCCUUCUGACUUUUGCUUGUUUCUCAGCAAGUACCAGAUCACCUCUGAAUCCUUUAACAACAUGGCACCAAAGAAAAUUGAACCAAAGAAACCUGAGCCUAAAAAGCCAGAACCUAAGAAAGAUGCUGCCCCAGCUGCUAAGCCAGCCCCACCUCCAGAGCCUCUGCCUCAGCUUCCCAAGGAGCCUGACUUUGACCCCAAGAGUAUCACUCUUGAGUUCUCCGCUGACCAGAUUGAUGAGUUCAAAGAGGCCUUCACCCUGUUCGACCGCACACCCACCGGAGAAAUGAAAAUCACCUAUGCCCAAUGCGGGGAUGUGAUGCGAGCUCUGGGCCAGAACCCUACCAAUGCAGAUGUGCUGAAAGUGCUUGGGAAACCACGGCCAGAGGACAUGAGCACUAAAAUGGUGGAUUUCGAGACCUUCUUGCCGAUGCUCCAACACAUCUCCCGUGCAAAAGAUCAAGGCAAUUUUGAGGAUUUCGUGGAGGGGCUCCGGGUUUUUGACAAGGAAGGCAACGGCACCAUCAUGGGAGCUGAGCUGCGUCAUGUGCUGGCGACAUUAGGGGAGAGGAUGACGGAAGAUGAGGUGGACAGGCUGAUGGCGGGACAGGAGGAUGCCAAUGGGUGCAUCAACUAUGCCUCCUUUGUAAAGCACAUUCUCUCUGGGUGAAUGGGUCAUUUUAACUGCAAAGACUUCAUCUUACCUCUGUUUUCUCCACUUUUCUGGAUCCUUGUUAAACAUUUGUCCAUUUAAAAGUGAGCAUGUCACUGAGUUGGUGACAUUUAGCAGAAGUUAAUGUUCUACGAAGAACUGUUGACCACAAGACUUGUGGUUAGUUCUUUUUUUUUUUUUAAAUAAACACACUGAAAUAUAAUGAAAUGCCCGUGAGAUAAUGUGGACAUCCAUGAGGAGAAAAUCC